CAUUUACCUGUAGGCGGCUGAGGUAGCAGCCAGGGAUUAGCUGUAGCCGCAGGUAGUAGCCAAGCAUCGGACGACAACAAGUGCGCCCGAAAGGACAUAACGCCAAUGAGUCCACUACUCAUUUUCCGCAAAGGCACCGCUUUUCAUUUUGGUUUAGCUUGUUUUUUGGCUGGAGAAACGUUACCUUAACCUUUUUGUAUGUGGCCCGGCGUAACUCAUUCGUUUAGUUUGACUCACGACUCGACAAACUUUUCUUCUUUCUGCGACUUCCGCCCUGGGCUUCUCCAUCAAUUCAUUUGGGUUACGAGCUAAACACAACUGCUUACUCUUAUGCGGUUAGAGUGGUUCUGAGCCAUGCCUGGCCACAGCACCAGGGCCCCGCAGGCAUCCCGCCACCACAAACAUCACGGUUCCAGACCAGACAAGUACAGUCAAGCCCCAUCUAUAUUUCGGAAGAGCAAAACCAUUCAAGACUCUUAUAAGGAUCCCAAUGGAACGCAUCAUCACGAUGAGCACUCCCGCUAUUUGGAGAAUAAACACGGUCGCAGAGCACCCCCACGCAACGGCGCCGGACGUGGCUCGGAGACUAUUGGUUUCAUUCCUGGCUCGGCAGACAACGCGCCCACCAACAGACAUGCUUGCGGCUCCUGUGCCUCUAUGGGCUGGAGUGGCUGUAAGGCCCUUAUUUGCUGCGUAUUGACCUGUGGCUUUUACGGCAGCCGAGAGCCUUGUCUCCCAGUUAAUGAGAGCUCCACAGACCAUCCCCCUAAAACAAGUAGUGAAUCCCACCCUCCUAAUGGUACGGCUGUGACCAAUUCCCCUGGUGCGGGCAUCACUUUUGAGCCCAACAAGUCCACCAAAUCUGUUAAAAUGUUGCCCACAAGCGACAGCUUCCGCUACCCGGAUGUGCGCAUAGCCGGUCAGUCAGUAAGGUAUCCGGUAAUGGCCUCAAAGAGGACCCGAACUUCUGGCCGGGGAGAAAGCCAACGGCCGAUCAGCAACACCAGCUUGCUAUCCCGUGACGACUACGACUUGGAUGACCUGAGCGACGAGGGCACAGAUAUUGACUCGCUCAUUACCAAGAAGCUGCUGGAGCUUUACGCGCUGCAUCAGAUCGACCAACUGGCUAAGUGCACCUCAGACUCGUCAUUCUCCCGCAAGACCAAUGAGAUCAGCGAGCUCAUAUACAGCAUUGCUCAGGAUUAUAACCUGGAAGAGCAGGAGGCAGAGUGCAAACUGGUGCGUGGCGUCAUCCGCAUCAGCACCCGAAAGGGCAACAGGAACAACAGGCGGCAGUCUGCGGGGCAGAGACCAAACGGGCGAAGUGACGGCACUCUGCCAGACAGCGGCAACGAGACCAUGACCAACACCUUCAUGAGCAGUGACUUUCCAGAGGUUAAAGUGUCCGAGCAGACGCCGUCAGAUGAGCUGGCGAGGAAGAUGAGACACUAUAGCGCGAGAAGCACCCUGUGUAACCCUGUUUUCUCUCUGCCCCCACCACAUUCCUGUUUUACCUGUACGAGGUGUCAGGACAGGGGAGGACAUGUGGAACCAAGCUGGUGCCACCACAAAGAUCGGGUGUUUUUUGUAGCCAUCUUGCCGCUGUGUUAUGGACGGUAUGUUCUUCCUAUCCCUGGAUUUUCAUGUGUCCGAUGCUCAAAAAAUACUAAAGCUAAAAUCUUGCGCAUGAAACAACUUGUUGCCUUUGAUAUUGGUAUUUCGAUGAUUAUUGUAAUUAUGAUGAGCUUUAAUAUUAUUUACUACAACUACUGCAUCUGCAGCUAGCCUGUUGCUAAUCAGUACGUGUAGAUGGCACAAUUAUGUCAACGCAAGUGUUACAGGUUUUUUGUUCGUCUCUUUACAGGUGGAAAACGCUGUUAGGCAAGGGAAGAUAAGUUGAUGUGCCUCAGAGCAACACUUACUGUACUAGAUGUUGAUGGACAUGUAUCCAGACUAUGUGUUCUACCCAGGGGCGGCCAAGAGGCUGGGGCUGCAGGCGGUGGCUCGCCUCACGACGGACCGUCAGCUCGAUCCCGAGAUCCAGCUACGAGCUUUUUAACUGGAGCAACUUUAAGAUACGCUACUGGAGCUGGAAUUACCGAGGACAGCAGGAGAAAGCCCGUAUGGAGGCCAUAAUGUUGGGUCAAAGUUUGGCGAGGCUCCGGAGCUCUGCUGUCUGAUAUCACACUCUCGUAUGCUAUUUUUCCAAUAAUUUUAUAAAUUGUGAUUUAUUGACCUGUUUUGCACAUGCACAAAUCGUUUUAAAUAACACAACAACAACAAGAAAUGGAAUCAUUUUGUCCAAAUGUUUUAUUGCGAUCAAUAUCUGCAAUAAAAAAAGAAUGAUACACUAUUUUGUUUAUAUGUACAUACCGUGUAGUAUUUCCUUGUAACAAAACAAAUUACUGUCAGCCUUUCUGCAUUUGGCAAAUGUAAUAUAAUUUGUAAUAUCACCUCAUUUUGGUCACUCAAGUGGCCGGCGUAUCAAUCUAUACCUCACGUCAACACAGUCUGAAAGUUUAUAACUUUGUCCACGAAUGAUAAACGAAGUGAUAUGGACAAUCAUACAAUCUCAUCUACGUCUCAUCUACGUUGUGCUGAAUAAAUUUUUGGAGAUUCCGUGGGUUCCUCUGGCUUGAUUUUGCAGUUUUAACUUCGUCAACACACUGCUAAAUUCAACCGCAACUCAUGAGGUUUUUCAAAACCAGAAGUUCGAAGCAGAAAUUUUCCAAGAUGGCGCCGCCCAUAUUUUGCACAGCAAACUUGUCUAUAAUAUUUUGUACAUGUUUUGACCUACGGAGGGCGCCAUGUUUUAAGCGCGCAAUGGACGCUCAGGGUGAUGACGUAGAUUGUCACAGUCACUCGACGAAUACUACCGGGUAACUGCAAUUCCUUCUAUGCGGCGAGACGUCCAACACAUGCGCUCAUCGGUUAAAAGCGGUGAGUACUUACUAUUUCUGUUUUAUUGAGUCUUUUAUUACCUUUUCAUUGCCUCAAAAUACUUCUUGCAUGUGUUUCCCUCUCAUAAUUUUAAGCAUUGUUUUUUUCUUGUGGUAGUUUAAAGCAGAUUGUUGAUCUGUUGACCACAUUGUCACAUUGCAUAUUUAAACCACUCUUAUUUGAUAUUACUACAUUUAAGUAUUUUCUUAAGGCAUCUUUAGUAUGUUCUGUCUGAUGCAUCUAAACAAAACAAGCUGAAAGCACACAAUAGUACUUUGGGUGUCAAAUUCGCCUCUUGUAGAUGUUUCGCCGGUGUAGCACAUUUUGGCAUAACACCAUUUUUUCCCCCUACUCUCGUCUCUUCUCAUCCUGUCUUUCCUGUUCAUUUUGCUUUUGUUGCUCCUUUUGUGAAAUAUCGACAGUGCUGUCAUGCUCAUUAAUGUUGCAGUGCAAUUAAUGUUGCUCUCGGGUUCAAAUUGAAAGGGUUGAACAGAUGACGUUUUAUGUCGCUAGAGUCAUACUCUAGAAGCCCGGCCACGUAACCAUGUUACGUCACCGCCCUGUGACGUCAAAAACAGUGGCGACCUAUCAGUUAAACACAUUUUACAAAUUGUAUAAAAACUAAAAUGUCAAGAGGGGUUUUAAUAUCAAAUUAUUUUAACUCCUAAUAACGUUAAUUUUUUAAAGAACUACAAGUCUUUCUACCCAUGGAUUCCUUUAAAGCAAACCAUAGACACAGUUGAUAUAUAAAAAUAGAUUUAUUUGGAUUGUUUUGUAAGUGCAAAAACAUAUUUAUUUACAACAGAGCUAACAUAACAUAACAUUUUCAACAAGUGUGACAUCAAGACUUGUUUUUGCAAUGUUGGAUAAGUAAAAUUAUCCAGAGAUGAAAUAGUUCCUGACGUCUGCUUCCAUUUAAGAAAAUGUCAUGAAAAAUAAGCAAUAUUUUUGCUUGCAUUUGAAUGGAAAAGAUUGGCUUCAGUUUUGUCAACAACGGCUUCCUCUACCUGCAGAAGAGCAUGUCCACCAGAACUUCAAACAGGUCAGCAUGGCCAAUUAUAGGCCGGAAUAAGAGCUCGAUGAUCAGACUGGGCGUGAUGCUUUGUAGCAUUGAUGCCGUGAGAAGGAUGCGGGCGAAACGCUCCUGUCGUGUGGGGUGAAGCAGUCGGACCACCUCGCUCAGAGCUUGCUGUGCCUCUUGUUGCAAGCCCUCGAUAAACAGAGAUGCAUUUAGAUCUGGGAUGUCUGUUGGACAUAAAGACAUUAAGUGACUGGUCUAAUUGAGUGACUUAAUAAAGCAAGUGAGCGUUUGAUCUGUUUUGCACCUACCUGGAUUAAAUAUUGUCGUCCCUUUAAGGUACGCAUACUCCUUUGGACUCAAGUCUAAGCUCCAGAACUUUUUGAGGCAGGACUUGAGUUUGCUGACGCCAGCCAUGGUGGGCUGCUCCAUCUCCGUCCCCCCCUCUUGUCGCAGAAGAAUCUUCUUCAGCAUGCUGUCAGCCGGGACGUCUUCCACCUCAAAGUCCACGUGCUCCUGCGCAAGGCCAAGGAUGAAGAGGGGCGCCCAACAGUUUUUAAGGAGCAUGAACUGGUCAUUAGGUGGAAGCUGGUUGAAAGCAGGUAGGUUCUUCAUGAAAUAAACAGUUUUGACCAGAACGGCUGAAGCCUCCUUGCAAAUUUCCGACGGCCUUUUCAAGCUCACCGUUCGCCGCAGCUCACAAUUGCAUCGAUGAGGUAUUGAAUUAUAGUCGUGCGGACUCGGGCAGCUGUUAUCCAAUUGGCUGAGAAUGUUAAAGAGGAUGGGAUUUAACAGUCUGUCGCUGCUGCACUGACAUUGGUUAUCCAUCAUGAAAAGGCUCUACUGGAUACAAACGCUCUCGCCUCUGUAUUUAUAAGGCCACCCAAGUGGACCUUGACUUGUCAAUACACUCUCUGUGCAAAACAACCAUGCGCUCUGCCAGGUGACUGCUGGUAUAAUCCAGGGAAACUGAUAAGGUUUUCUCAAUGAAAAGGAGCUGGUGGAGUAACGUCUGGAUAUCAAGAGGGCUAGGCCUUAUCUUCGGGACUGUGUCAUUAACCCAGGCCGUACCAAGCUACCAAGGACUCCGAAGGUAAUCAAGCCCAACUCUGAUGAGUCCCGUCACACUUCCAGCUCAUACUUGGCUGGAGCCGAUGAGGCCAACGGAGAGCAGUGGGGCACUGACCUAGAAGUUAAAGGCUCAAGAUGAUGUCAUUCGGACAUUUUUGUGAUAGUUGGCGCCAAACCGAAGAGACAUACAAACCUACAGUACCUUCCCCAGUCAAUUGUUUCAUUUUAAAUCACAAUUAUGAUAUAUUUUUUUCAAGCCCAAUGGCUUAGUUUUCACUGUUCUGGGUUUAGGUUUCAACUGUUCAUCUUUGGUAAGGCUGGCAUGGGCCUCAUUUAGCCGUGAUUCUCAGUCAUAGUCAUGUUAUAUCAUAGUCAAUCUGCAAAGUAGAGGCUAAGCUUAUUUACAUAAAAAAUAAAUGGGGUGGGGUUCUUAGUAUUUAUUCAGAUUUAACAUAAUCGGAAAUAGAUACAUAUAAGAAAUGUUUUUUCCCUCCCU